AUGGCGCCUUCUCGCAUUGAUGUACCCGAGCCUACGAGCAUUCCCAACCCUCUGAAGUCUCAUCAAAGCACAAAGCAAGAAACCCAUUACGGUGACUUUCGUGAUGAUUUCUUCAAGAAUGGGUACACAGUCAUCAAGGGCGUUCUGAGCAAGGAGCGCGCCCGUGAGUACCAGAGCGAGGCACUCACCUGGCUGGAGUCAUUCAAUAUCGGAUUCGACCGCAAUGACAGAAGCACGUGGAAGAAAGAAAACCUGCCCCAAAGCUUCAAAGGUGGAAUGUAUCUUCACUUUGCUGCGGCACACGAGAAGUACAUGUGGGAUGUCAGAACCGAGCCAGGAGUUAUUGAGCCAUUUGCCAAGCUCUGGGGAACCGAUGAACUAGUUGUCUCCUUCGAUACCGUCAAUAUCACACUCCCUCAAUCCAUCGUUGGGGAGUAUGAUUCCAAGCCCUGGCCUCACUGUGACCAGGCUCCAGAGCGCAAGGGUUUGGCUUGUGUUCAAGGCAUUGUGAACCUAUCCGAAUCUGGACCGAAUGAUGGUGGCCUCGUCGUCAUGAAGGGGUCCGCCGCUCUCUUCGACAAGUUCUUCGAAGAGAACCCAGUGACGGGCCCCAUGCCAUGGCGAACUGCUAAGCACAAGGACUUCCACCCAUUCUCCGACAAAGAUCUGGACUGGUACCGCGAGCACGGCUGUGAGUUGAUCAAAGUCUGCGCCGAACCGGGUGACUUGAUUUUGUGGGACUCGCGUGAGAUGCACUGGGCGCAGUUUGGAGACUCCGAUCUUAUUCGCACAAUUGUCUACGCGACCUACACACCCGCGGCCUGGAUGACUGAGGAAGACCGAGCCGCAAAGAAGGAGCUAUUUGAGAAUUAUGAGACUACGACCCAUUGGCCACAUACCAAUCUUUACACCCAUGGCAAAGCAACAAUCAAGGUGGAUGGAGAGGAAGUGCCAGACCCGCUGGAAAGGGAUGAGCCUCUUACCAAGCCAGUGAAGACUGAGAGGCUGUUGCAGCUAGCUGGUGUUGUUCCCUAUUGA